AUGGGCGAGCAUAUCCGAGGCAUCCUCAACCGCCCCUCCGUCAUCUCCGACGCGGCCAUCGAGCGUUUAUCGCAAGUGGAGACCAACAUCCUCGUCGACCUCCCGCCAUCUCUCCAGGAAACGAUCAGGGCCGUGCAGCAACUCUCCAGCGGGAAAGCACCCGGAUCGGACGCAAUCCCUGCUGAGGUCUUCAAGCACGGAGGUCCCCAACUCAUGGACCACCUGACUGCGAUCUUCCAGGAGCUGUGGCGUAAAGAUGAAGUCCCGCAAGAUUUCAAGGACGCAACUAUAGUGCACCUUUACAAGCGAAAAGGGAAUCGCCAAAUCUGCGACAAUCGCGCGUAUCCACAACCACCGUGCACGAAAUUCUCAUCGCCGACGACUACGCCCUGAACACCACAUCGGAAGUGGAGAUGCCACGGAGCUGGGACCUGUUCUCUGCCGCCUGCGAGAACUUUGGGCUGGUCAUUAACACGCAGAAGACGGUGGUGAUGCAUCAACCGGCACCCAAUUCAGCCACAGCCCACAACGCGUCGCCGCAAAUCAGCGUGAAUGGAACCCAAUUGCAAGUGGUGGAGAACUUUCCGUACUUGGACAGCACCCUUUCCCGCAACACCAUGAUAGAUUACGAAGUCGCCAACAGGAUCUCGAAAGCCAGUCAAGCCUUCGGUCACCUCAAAAGCACAGUUUGGAAUCGUCACGGCAUCCAUCUGAGUACGAGGCUAAAGAUGCACAAGGCCAUCAUCCUGCCGACGCUUCUAUAUGGAGCGGAGACCUGGACGGUGUACACGAGGCAGGCACGCCUACUGAACCACUUCCACCUCAGUAGUCUCCGUCGCAUCCUGUGGCUGCACUGGCAGGAUCGAAUCUCCGACACAGAUAUGCUGGAACGAUCGGAAAUGCUCAGCAUUUACUCCAUGCUGAGACAAAUGCGGCUGCGCUGGAGCGGCCAUCUGGUGCGCAUGUACGACGAGCGACUACCCAAACGACUCUUCUACGGAGACGUUGCGAUGGGUUCUCGCCGCCAAGGUGGUCAAAUUCUUCGAUACAACGACACUCUGAAGUCCACCCUGAAGCGCCUGCAAAUCAACCCGACCAACUGGGAAGAGCUCACCCUCUACCGACCGACAUGGAGGAGGACUCUGAAGACAGCCGCUGCGAUCUAUGAGGCCAACCGAAUCGCCGCUGCCAAAGUGAAACGAGAGCACGCAAAUCACAGCCACCCCACGUCCGCAACGCCAACGCACAACGGCUUCCAACGUGUCCCCGGUGUCAACGGACAUUCCGGGCAGAAAUUGAACUCAUUGUACACCUAG